CAAAGUAUUAUAUUAGUUGAUUUAAGCCACCAGCGGGAGAGGUGUACUUUAAUGAGUAUAGAUUUCUAAAGAAUAUUUAUAAUAAAGUGAACAAGAUGGCUACGUUUUCUCAGUCAACUGUGGGUAAAGGCUCUGAUUCUUUUACAGACUUUUCCUGUUCGCCGUGUCUAGAAAUCAAAAUUGACCAGUGGGCCGAGUUUUACUGUGAUAACUGUGUAAAAUUUUAUUGUGAAAAAUGCAUAAACCUGCAUGGUCAGUUGUUUGGAAAACAUGUGACAUAUGGAAGGGGAGAGACAAGUAAGUGGCCAGUGUGCAAGGAAGUGGAGGAUUUCAUUCAGAAAUGUGACCUUCAUGAAGACAAACGGCUAGAGAUGUUUUGUAAUGACCACAGUCAGCUGUGCUGCACUAAUUUUGCUUUUGUCAAUCACAGACAAUGUGCUAAAGUAGCGCUUAUAUCUGAGUCAGUACAAGGACCUCUGCCAGACUUGCAACAACUAUCAAGAAAUAUUCAAACUGUUCUUGAAGAUCUGGAGAAACUUCAGAAUUAUUGGGAUACCAAUAUGCAGUCUUUGCAGGUUUCAUACAGCAAACAAUUAAAUGAAAUACGGGACACACGCCAGAAAAUAAUUACAAUUUUAGACAACAUUGAACAAAAUACCAUAAAAGAGCUAGAAGAUAAGAUGACAAGUCUGAAAGCUUCGAUCAAGACUAAUGUGGACAAUUGCAGCAAGCUUAAAAAUGAACUGAAACGACUCAGUGACACAAUUCAUGACAUUGUUGAUAAGGGAAAAGCAGAACUCUCGUUUAUGGCAAGUAAGAAAUGUCUGAAAAAAAUUAAUCAGUCUGAAACUUAUCUGACAGAGAACUUAGUUCAGGUAGAAAGUUCACUGACAUUCCAAGCUGACAGUGAAGUUCAACAGCAAUUGUCUAAAUUGUCCGGUCUGGGGAGGAUUGUGGUAUGUUCUCAGGCUGUACCUCUGCCUGGUGCCCCAAUCAAGGUAUUCACUGUGCAAGGAAAGUCAGCGUAUGAUGUGAGCAUAGCAGGUGAUGUAAACAAGAGAUUCAAUAUAAGUGGCAUCUGUUGUCUCUCAAAUGAUCAGAUCCUAAUCGCAGAAACUGAUAAUAAAAGAGUUAAGCUACUAGAUCAUCAAUACCAGGUGGUGGGACAUUGUGAUUUAAAGGCUUGUCCAAUGGACAUGUGUCCAAUCACCUCAAGUGAAGUAGCUGUUGUUGUGAAUGAAUGCAAUAAGACACAUGAGGUUCAGUUUGUCUCAGUGAAUGAUGGGCAGCUGGUUAAGGGCAGGAAGUUACAGUUUCAACAUGAAUGUAAGGGUAUUGCUCACAAUCUGCAAGACCUGUAUAUCACUUCUGGUACUGCACUUUACAAGUAUUCAAUGAGUGGACACCUGCUUAAUAAGCUGUAUGAGGAUUCAUCAGCUAUGCUCACAGUAACUAAGUGUGCAGUGAGUCCGUCAGGUGACAAGAUAUUAGUCACCAACUUUCCCACAGCAAGGUUCUCACCCUGGACAGAGAUGGCACAGCUCUCCACACCUUUACCGACCCAGACCUGAAAUAUCCAGCAGGUAUACAUAUGACUGCCCUGGGACAGGUGCUGGUCUGUGGAACAAUUUCCAACACUGUCCUACAGCUUGAUGGUGAAGGCAAGAAGAAGCUGGCAACUCUUGUUACCAGGAGUGAUAAAAUUAAUUUGCCAGUGUCAGUCUCCUACAACAGGAACACAGCAUCCAUCAUUGUGGGUCAAACAAUGAGUACAAACAUUCUUGUGAUUAAAGUAAAAUAGUUUUGUUUCACAAGAUUCAGUACAAUAUUUUAGAAACAUGUACUUUUCACAUGAAGCUUGCCAACACCAAACUCAGAUUAAGUGUUAUGUUUCAUCUCAUGAUUCACCUGGGUGAUUUAUUUUGAUGCUUAGUAAUUUCAGAUCAUUAUUAGGUUUUAUUGCUGUAUUCUCUCUGAAUGAUUUAAUGUGUCUUGUUCUGAGAAAACUGGGCAUAAUGCAUGUGCGUAAAGUGUCGUCCCAGAUUAGCCUGUGCAGUCAGCACAGGCUAAUCAGGGAUGACAAUUUCUGCUUAAACUAGAUUUUCGGUAAAAAGGGACUUCCUUUAAACGGAAAAUACCAUUUAAGCGGAAAGUGUCGUCCCUGUGCCGACUGCACAGGCUAAUCUGGGACGACACUUUACGCACUUGCAUUUUGAUCAGUUUUCACAGAACAAGACACAUUAUGCUUUAUUGCUGUAUUCUCUCUGAAUGAUUUAAUGUGUAGCCACAAAAUAUGAAAGCAUACUAUCAUUUGUGUCUCAGAAUCAAUUGCAUUGCUCUCAUGCAUAUGUUUCGUUUGAAUUGUAUAUAAUCUGCGUAUUGUUGCUAACUUAAUAUAUAUCUUGGAUAUGGCAAAUAUGUAUAUACAUGCUUUACUUGUUGUCAUUUGUGAUUCUCUACAAUUGUUUUGUGUGAUUAUUAUGUAUAGUAAAAUGAACUGUAGUGUGCAAUUUAGAAGAGUUAUUACUUUUUCAUUUAAUUCAUUAACUAUUAUGAUGUGUUCUGUUUAAAGAAAUAUUGAAUUUCCUAUAGUAAUAAUUAAUAUUUUGUACAGAUUUCUUCUAUCAACGGUUGUAGACUUUAUUUUUGUUUAUGACAAUUAUACAUGUAUUUAAGUAUUUUAAUUAUGUUAUUUUUCCUUUACUUUUCCCAAUGUUUUGCGAAAUAAAGCACUAUUCAUGAACA